AUGGUAAGAGAUAUGACAAGGACAGAUCUGUUAUUUAUAUCUGGCGGAAUGAGGAAGGUCAGCCCAUCGUGGCCAUCCAUUCCAAAAUGCAUCGUACAAAUCGCUGGCGUGUGCUGGAAGCCUGGAAAGUUCAUAGGUCAUCUAAUCAUGACCGUCUGCUGGGCAGAGAUGGGCAACGAGAUAAAAUGUGCGACCUGCGACAUGCGGGGAGUGGAGCUACGUCUUCUCAUACCGAUAAGACGAGCUCACUGGGUGGCAUCACGUGCCGAGUAUCCUACUGACUUAAGCGUCGGAGGGCCGCAUCAGGACCCCCUUCCGAUGUGUUUCACAGGUAACCGGCGAUCCAGGAGACGCAAAACCGUAUCAAAAGGAGCAAUCCGACGGUUCGAGUCCACCUCCACCAGCCCCGCCGGCUGCUGCGGGUCACAACCUUCCUCCCCCACCGCCGUCAUCCAUCCACCACGACCAGUCCUCUCCCGCCCGUCCAGCGACCACCGGAGAAUAGCAUACACAGCACAAAAUCUCCUUCCGACACGUCGCUCACCUCCACCAGUCCCGCCGCGAGCCAUAGACUUCCUCCUCCACCACCGUUAUACAUCCACCCCGACCUUCCUCUCCAGCACGUUCAGUGGCCACCGGAGAAUCAGAUAUACAUCAAAAAACUCUCCAAUUGCUAGCCUAUGUCGUCUCGAAGCUCAGCUGCUGCCGAUUUCUAUCUCCAACCCCAUCUCCGUCGCUCACAGCCUUCAGAGGCAGCGGGAAUCUGAAUCUAGAGGGCCAAUUAUUCGAAUACGGUUUUGGCCGGAGGCGACACCAACAAAAUUGACCUUGAGAAGGUCGGCCACAGCAUUUGCCGGCACAACCUCCGUCUUCUCCCAGGGUGACGACAGCCGCGAAUUUCAUGGAGAAUGUCGUCGUGAUUUUGGCAGUGAGAGUCGUGAUUUUUCAGAAUGA